UACACAAACUUGAUUUAGGAGUGAUCUCCCUUGCACUCUUGUUGAUUAUGCGGUUAGCGCGGACUAAGUUCAUCUAGCUGUUAAAUUGAACAAUCGACAAAGUAUGAAACGCCCAUGUACUUGGGCAUUAUCUCCUGUUGUGUACCAAUGAAUGCUUUUUCUCCCAGGAACUUAUAUGCAUUGCCAAGAACAUCCUCUUUACCUGAAUCAUGAACCCAUAUACAGCUGCUAAAUACACGUUCAUGCCUGGAUCAACUGUUGUCUGUCGUCUGCUAAGGACACGCUGAGAUGCCUUGUAUCGUUCCAAAGCCAGAUUUACCAAUGCUGCUGCCAUGGCUUAAAGCUGCAUUACCUGCAUCAUUUAAGAUUUAUCAAGACCUCCACAACUAUCUGAAUGGUAAAUGGCCAGGCCUAAAGUUUAUUGUUGACCAGUGGCCAGAACCCAAGGCUGUGCUGGAGAUGCUGGAUUCAAAUGCAAGUGAAAAGGCACAGUGUGAGGACUAUUUGAAGAGGCUCAUAGUAGCAUUAUAUGCUGAUGACAGUCAGGCCCUUUGUGAGUUGUUACAAGAUCCUGAGGUGGUUGACUGGAGCACUCGUAAAACUGUUUGUGCUGUGAGCAACAGACUAUUGGAUACAGUGGCAGAAGUGUGUUCAAAGCAUGGACAGUGUACAAGUGUGUCAUGCUACCUACUGAUGGCAAAACCUGAUGUCACUGCCCCACUGCCCGUUCCAGAUGGGAUGAAACUUUUACCAGUGGACAGCGAAAUGGCUGAUGUUGUUGCCAGAACAUGGAAAUUCAAUCGGCCAGAAAGUGCCGAACUAAUCAAGGCCUAUGUUAAAACCUUUCCUUCCUUGGCACUGGUGACCAACACAGGGCGUCAUGUUGGUCAUAUGGUUGGUGACAGCACAAACUGCAUGGGCAUGUUGUACAUUCAGCCAGAAUUCCGCAGACGAGGAUUUGCCAAAAUAAUUAUUUCUAAUUUGGCACAACUUUAUUUUCAGCAUGGUGCAAAUGCAUACGUGAUUAUUGAAAGGCCAGAUAUUCCAUCACUAAAGUUACAUACCAGCAUCGGCUUUCAGAUUGUCUCUGAUAUUAUGCUUGAAUUUGUUUUGUGUCAUCCAAGAAACAGCAUUUUAAGUUAAGAAAAAAUCAACUGUGAUUGUGUGAAAUGGCAAACGUAUCAGAAACACUUAAUUUUGAAUGUUGAUUUUUAUCUUACACACUUAAUAAAUGUGCUAUUUUCUUAAUAUUUUGUUGCCAGCUGUUUAAUUCUUAAAUAUACGUAUUAACCAUCGAUUUUAUGUAAUUAUUAUGUGGAGUAUAUAUGCACAAAGCAGGGAAAUGAAUUAAAUAUUUGAUUAAAGUUUGCAGAUCCACACAUAUACAUGCUUAUAAAAAAUAAUUUUGGACAUGCAGGAGGAGUUUGAAGCAGACUUUAAUUACGAUGCUUCCAUUAUUUGUUUGUUUGUUAUUGUUAUUGUUUCUUCUUUUGUGGCAAGUUUUGGAACUUGCAAAGUGGACAGUUCAAGAUACAGCUAAAAAAUUCCAUACAUUUGUUUUCAUGUUAUGGGACGAUAAUAGUAAAUAUUUGCUCAAUAUAUGUAACCUGUGAUAACAUUUAAAGUGCCUUUGUUAACACUUUGUAUGUUUAAACUUGUCUUCUUAAUCAGUCUGCUAAUUUGAUUAUGCCUGGUGUGGAUAGGGAUUGACUGGUGACACCAAAAGUAACAAUGAUGAUUGAGAAACAGAAAAGUAAGCCACCAGCUGUGCUUUUAUGAAGCCAUAGUUCUCUGACGAUGUCGGUCAUAAUAGCCGCAUAAUGAUAAUAUCUUACUGACUGUAUGUGAAGUGUAUACAGUUUAUAAAGAGGGUUAUAUACUGUUAACAGUUACAGUGACAUAUAUACCAGCCACUUGGAAUGAAGGUCAAUUACACGAUUUUUUCUAUUUUGAACUAUUUUGUAAAACAGCGUGUUAAAAUUUAAGAAAUUUUGAUUUAAAACAAUGUUAUUUACAUUUUGAACAACAACUUUACUGCGAUCCUGUUUUGACGAUGAGCAUAUACAUAUAUAUAUGUCUAGCGUCUGUUUGUAUUUAUUUUGUGUAUGAGCGGGUAUUUUUGUUGUACAGAGGGGUUUUUUUUUUUUUUUUACGCCGAGCCAGCAACUAAGGCUAUAUCAUGGCAAGGCAUGCAGCCAGCCAUGAAAACAGAUGCCACAUAUAAAGAAAGAAAAGCGUGCCCGAGACGAGAACUGAAUCCAAGACAGACAACUCUCAGUGUAUUGGUGACGGUGAUAGCAGUAAAAACUAAAAAGCACACCAUUGCCUUCCUGAUGCCAUAACGUCAUACAAACAUAGCUAAGGAGAAAAAAUUCUCUCAAUUUCUCGAAAAGUACUUGUAGUUAUGAGGACGUUUUCUCUCGGAUUUUUUUUUUAAAUAUACCAGCAUGCAUCUUGUACAGAGACCCACUUCCGUUUCAGCCAUUCACGUGCACGACGCAAGGACUCUUUCCAUUUCAUAUAUAGGUACAAUGCCAUUUUUCAAGACCACGUGUUCGUCUCAAGAACGACAAAGAUCAACUCCUCGACAGGGCGAUGGGUAACCGUUUAAGAGAAUAAACGAAAGAAACAAGACACGGUUUCUGCUGCUCCCUUCCAGCAACCGAUCCCAGAUACCAGACACAGAUUUUGCUGCUUUCUCCCAGAAGCCGAUCCCGACAACCACAUGCAUCGAUUCAGGUUUUGUGGCCGUAGUAAUUUACAUCAAAGGCUUCCGGUAACAUUCGAAAGUGAGACUUAAACUGAUACGUCAAGUAUCGUACGUGGAACAGUGACUUCGACGAAAUCGACCACAUGUGCGUUGGAGUUUUCCCUUUUGUCAUUUGUGUGGCGCAAGCUCGAUAUUUAUUUGCGGCAGUUUGGCUAAGCCUUUGCAACACCUCAGCACGUCGGGGUGUAGCUUGCAAAGCACCCAAACCUCGCAUCAUGUCUGACAUCUUGAAACUCUUCCGGCUACUCUGCGUUGCACAGGGACCACUAGCUAUAACCGCUAGAUUCGCUAAGCUAGCUUAUGUGCUAUGCAACACGCCACUGUGAAGGCCACGGACCUUCAUACCUGGAUGCGUGACUUGGGGGUCAAGGCCGCGGUUAGUCUUGCUUUCGUUGGCUAACCGAGACUGCGAACACUCUUACCUUCCGGUACGGCGGCUUGUAUGAACUCCGAUAUACGUUUACACACGGCAUCUGCUCGCAGACCUAAAUGGAUUCACAAGAGCCAGCAAAAAAAUGGAAAGGUGCACAUUGUUGCAUUGUUGGGUGCCAUACCACUAAAGCGAAGUGUAGAGGCUUGUCAUUCAUAUCGAUUCCUAAAGCAGGCGAGAGCGAAGAUCAAGACAAGUGGAGGGCGGCUUUGAUUCAUGCUAUCAAUCGGUGCGAUAAAAGCUUCAAUCCAAAGAACGCCAAAUUGUAAAUCAUGGACUGUGAAAAAUUGAAACCAGGAUCCUGAAGAUUGCAGGAGAUUUUUGCAGUGUGCCAAGGUUCACUGGCUUUUGUGGAUUACUAUAGCCCUGUCAAGCCUGUUCUGUUCUUGGCUUCUGCUGGUUUCCUCCACCCAUGUGUGUGUGUGAGAGAGAGAGAGAUUUGAAUGAUGAUGAUUGUAUCUGUAAGAUGCAUUUGAUGCCUGUUGAAAAGUGCGUGCUUAGGCAUCUUCAUGAGUUUAAGCGCCUUGAGCCUGCCUGCUGAUUGGAAAAGGCCCUCUAUAAAUAAACUUAUUAUUAUUAUUAUUAUUAUUAUUAUUAAAUUUUCACUAAAAAUUGGUGAUUUUCAACUGUAUUUGUGAGUGCAGACUAAGUGGAUGAUGUUUAUGUGCAUAUUAAGUGUUGUUAGUGUGGGGUAACUUUGAAAUGAAGCAAAUUUUACAUCACUUCAUUGCGUUAACAUAUAUACUAUGUGUGUGGGAGGGGAAGUGGGGAUGUGAUACAGAUUAUGCCUAUAACAUUAACAAUAACAAAGCUUACACUAUAUAGUAUAUAAAAGCUGUAUUAAUUCAUGCUGUAUUAAUUCAUGCUGACAUUAUUUCAAAUAGGCACACAACACAUCAUACAAUAAAACUUACUGUGUUUGGCUGUUUGAUUUAAGGGUUUUUCGCAGACUUUUUUUGGCAAAGACCGCACUGAGUUUUUGUUUUUCCAUAUAUUGUCUGCAUUCAUGGUGAACUCGCACCUUAAAAUAUAAUCUGACAAUCCCUUCAAACACAGCCUCCUUAUUGUCCUCGGCACUUUCUGCCUCAUAUGUCAGUCCGCUGAAUGCCGACGCUAUUACACUAUCCUGGCUGCACAUGGUUUGAAAAUCAACCAGUCUGCACCUUUCUACAGACUCUAAAGUAAAGACCUCAAGGGUCUUUUUCUCCAGCAGAUGGAAAAAAUAUUUGGUUGCAGGCUUUAAAAAUACCAGACCACCUCUAUUUAAGGUGCUAGUAAGGCUGUGCACACCAUCAUCUUCCUGAGUUAGAUGUGCCAGACACAACAGCUGUUCUUCCUUUGAAGAGUUCUCCCUACC